UCAAUUAUAACCAAAAAAAAAAACUCAAAAAUGGCGGAGUUUCGUCCAGCGAAUUCAAAGCCAACGGAAAAUAACGCCGAAUCACGUACAAAUUUGAUCUCUAACAUUUUCCGGCGCCGGCCGUUCUCCUUCACCUCCACCAUUUGGAACGCAUGUAGAUGGAGGAGUGAAAAUCGAGGGCGUGAGUUUCGAAUUUGAUACAAAAUAAUCUGAAUUUCAAGAGAAAAUUGUUGUCACUUUGGAGUUUUAGGUUAUUUGGAUGAUAUGCCUUCUGUGGGCAUUAUGAACAGAGUUUUCAGCAAGGUUCGGAAUCUGGAUGCGUACCCUAAAGUCAAUGAGGAUUUCUACAGCCGUACGCUUUCUGGUGGUGUUAUUACCCUCGCUUCAUCCUUUGCGAUGCUCUUCCUGAUUUUCUCGGAGUUCGGACUAUAUCUUCAAACAGUUACCGAUACAAAGCUUGUAGUUGAUACUUCAAGAGGGGAACACCUCAAAAUUAAUUUUGAUAUCACAUUCCCUGCAGUUUCAUGCACACUACUCAGUCUUGAUGCCAUUGAUAUCAGUGGGGAGCAACAUCUUGAUAUUAAACAUUCUGUAAUGAAGAACAGAAUCGAUUCUGAUGGGCAUAUAAUCCAAGUGAAAUUUGACAAGAUUGGUAAACCUAAUAUUGGGAAGCUAAAGCAGAAACAUGGUGGAGAUGUUCAAGAUAAUGAAACAUACUGUGGCUCAUGUUUUGGUGCAGAACAGUCAGAAAGUGAAUGUUGUAAUACAUGUGAUGAGGUUCGUGAAGCAUAUAGAAGAAGAGGAUGGGGAUUAAUGAAUCCUGAUUUGAUUGAUCAGUGUAAAAGAGAAGGUUUUGUUCAAAGGAUUAAAGCUGAACAAGGUGAAGGGUGCAAUGUGUAUGGAUCUAUAAUUAUCAACAAAGUGGCUGGAAAUUUUCACUUUGUUAAAAGCUUUCAUCUUGCAAAUAUGCAUUUACCCCAUGUACAUGAUGCCCAUAGUUUUGAAGACGAUAGUUAUAAUAUAAGUCACAGGAUAAAUAAAUUAGCUUUUGGAGACUAUUAUCCUGGGAAAGUAAAUCCACUUGAUGGGGUGCGUUGGUAUCAAGGAACUCCAAAUGGAAUAUAUCAGUAUUUUCUCAAGGUGGUUCCAACUGUGUACACCCCUCUUAGUGGGCGAGUUAUCAAGUCAAAUCAGUUCUCUGUGACAGAACAUUAUAAGGCUCCACAAGUCAAACAUCGAGGGCUUCCUGGAGUCUUCUUCUUCUAUGACCUCUCUCCAAUUAAGGUGACUUUCACAGAAAGGCAUGCUUCCUUCUUACACUUCUUGACCAAUCUAUGCGCGAUAGUAGGAGGUAUCUUCACGGUUGCAGGGAUUGUAGAUUCAUUUAUUUACCAUGGUCAUAAGGCUAUGAAGAAGAAAAGGGAAAUUGGGAAAUUAGGCUAAGGGUAAAACGGUCUUUUCCACUUCAAAACCCUCACCACUUAAUUUCAGGUUCGACAAUCAUAUUCUCCUUCGGUAUUGUCAUUGUAAUUAUCUUUUUUUUUUUUUUAAUUAGUCGUUUGUAAUGGGUCAUCUUCAUGUAUAGUUCAUUGACAUUAGGACAGUUUUAACAUUAUUUUUUUAUUCUUUUUAUUAGUGUACACAAUUUUUUUUGUCUCAAUAUAUUGAAAAAAAGAAGAAAUAUUGUCAAAUUCUUCAUAAAUAGUCUUACCUUAAACUGGAUCUUGAAACAUUUUUCCUAUAUAUUAAAUCAUUUAAAUGAGAGUAAAUGACUAGUUUACCCUCAUAUAAGGUAUUUUUUUUACAAUAUUCAUUGAUUAUAAUGUGAGAGGAGUAGGAAGAAACAUAAUAGUGGGAAAUAGGUAAAAGGUUGGUGUCUGAAUAUACUAAGCAUGUUUUUUGGCUUAAUCUAUCAAGUCAUUCUGUGAAGACUAAGUAAA